CCACACAACAAGCACAUGCUGCAUCUAACAAAGGUCAGGAGGGAAGGUCCGUGUAAUGGUCACUGCAACAACUUGCCCUUUUAUGAAUGCUCUAGGCUUCUAGAAAAUUCACCAGCUCCGACUCCAACAAUCCCUUAUUCCCAAAGAAAAUGGAAAGCUUUACCCAAUUAACACAAAAUCUUGAAGAGAGAAUUAUGAUAUUUGAUGGUGGCAUGGGAACAAUGAUACAAGGUUACAAGUUUGAAGAAGAAGAUUUUAGAGGUGAAGAAUACAUAAAUCACCCAAAGAAUUUAAAAGGAAAUAAUGACUUCUUGAGCUUUACUCAACCUGAUGCUAUCUAUCAAAUACACAAGGAUUACUUGGAAGCGGGUGCAGAUUUCAUUGAGACAAACACAUUUAGUGGGACGUCUGUUGCUCAGGCUGAUUAUGGCACGCAACAUCUUGUUUAUGAAAUGAAUAAAACUUCUGCCCAACUUGCUCGUAAGGCAGCUGAUGAUGUCACAAAAGCCACAGGUAUACAGAGGUUUGUAGCUGGUGCAAUGGGGCCAACAAAUCGAACGCUUUCAAUAUCACCUUCAGUGGAAAAUCCUGGUUACCGUAAUAUCACAUUUGAUGAGUUAGUUGAAGCAUACACGGAACAAGCAACAGCACUCUUAGAUGGCAAUGUUGAUGUAUUAUUGGUGGAAACUAUAUUCGAUACUGCUAACGCGAAAGCUGCAUUGUUUGCCAUUGAAACCCUUUUUGAAAAACACUACAAAAGAGUUCCAGUUUUUGUAUCAGGCACUAUUGUUGAUAAAAGUGGUCGCACAUUGUCUGGUCAAACAACCGAAGCAUUUGUUAUAAGUGUGCAACAUACAAAGCCAUUGUGUAUUGGGUUGAAUUGUGCAUUAGGAGCAGAAGAUAUGAGACCGUUUAUUGAGAGAAUUGGAUUAAGUUAUGAAGGCUAUGUUUUAUGUUACCCAAAUGCAGGUUUACCAAAUGCUUUUGGUGACUAUGAUGAGUCUCCUGAAUCUAUGGCAGAAAAAAUUAGGGUAUUUGCAGAAGAUGGGUUAUUGAAUAUUGUUGGUGGAUGUUGUGGUACUCGGCCUUCACAUAUCCGAGCCAUCGCAGAAGCUGUAAAGAAUUGCAAACCAAGGAUAGCACCACGCAAUACAAAUCAGAACGCAAUGCUUUUGUCAGGACUUGAACCAAAAUACAUCACUCCUGAUUCAAUUUUUGUUAAUAUUGGAGAAAGGUGUAAUGUAGCAGGAUCAAGAAAAUUUUGUAACUUGAUCAAGAACAACAAAUUUGAGGAUGCACUUGCAGUUGCAAAGAUUCAAGUUGAAUCAGGAGCACAGAUUCUAGACAUAAACAUGGAUGAAGGAAUGUUAGAUGGAGAAAAAUGCAUGGCAUUGUUUUGUAAUUUGAUUUCAACAGAACCAGACAUUGCAAGGGUACCUUUGUGUAUUGACUCAUCAAAGUUUGAAGUCAUAGAAGCUGGUUUAAAAUGCUCACAGGGAAAAUGCAUUGUUAACAGUAUCAGUUUAAAAAAUGGUGAAAAAGACUUUAUAGAAAAGGCUGUACUGAUUAAAAAGUAUGGCGCAGCGGUUGUAGUAAUGGCGUUUGAUGAAGAUGAACAGGCUGCCGAUUUACAAAGAAAAGUUGAGAUUUGUGAGCGAUCGUAUAACAUUCUUGUGGAUCGAGUUAACUUGAAUCCUAACGAUAUCAUAUUUGAUCCAAACAUUUUGACAAUAGCGACUGGUAUGGAAGAGCACAACGAGUAUGGCAUCCAUUUUAUAAAAGCGAUAUCGGAAAUCAAGGCAAAAUGUCCAAAUGUCAGAAUAAGUGGUGGAUUAUCAAAUCUGUCAUUCUCAUUUCGUGGUGUUGAAGUAGUUCGAGAAGCUAUUCAUACAGUGUUCUUGUACCAUGCGAUCAAAGCUGGUCUUGAUAUGGCUAUAGUGAAUGCAGGUGCCAUUCCACAAUAUGAUGAAAUUCCUUCAGAUCUUUUAAAAUUGUGCGAAGAUUUAAUUUGGAACAAGUCACCAAAUGCAACAGAAAAAAUGUUGGUGUUCGCUCAGUCUGUUGGCAAGUCCACUGCAAAGCAAAUCAUCGAUGAAGAAGCAUGGAGAAAAGAUGAUGUGAUAAAAAGACUUGAAUACGCUUUGAUCAAGGGAAUUGAUAAGUAUGUGAUUGAAGAUGUGGAAGAAGCACGACUAAUGACAGACCAUUUUCCAAGACCGCUAAAUAUUAUUGAGGGUCCGUUGAUGAGUGGUAUGUCUGUAGUCGGAGAUAGAUUUGGAGCAGGAAAGAUGUUCUUACCUCAGGUGAUCAAAUCUGCUCGUGUUAUGAAAAAGGCAGUCGGUUAUUUGGUGCCAUUUAUGGAAGCAGAAAAACGAGGAUCCUCGGUUGAACAUUUUAGUUCUUAUAAUGGUACGAUUGUUCUUGCCACAGUAAAAGGUGACGUCCAUGAUAUUGGUAAAAAUAUAGUCGGUGUUGUACUGGGUUGUAACAACUUCAGAGUUAUAGAUUUGGGUGUUAUGACUCCAUGUGAGAGAAUUCUUCAAACAGCAAUCGAGGAGAAAGCAGACUUCAUUGGAUUGUCAGGACUCAUCACACCAUCACUUGAUGAAAUGAUUCAUGUUGCAAAAGAAAUGGAACGAAAAGGAUUUAAAAUCCCACUCCUGAUUGGUGGAGCUACAACAUCAAGGACACAUACCGCUGUGAAGAUAGCUCCAAGAUAUAGUAACACAACAAUUCAUGUGCUGGACGCAUCAAAGAGUGUAGUAGUGGCGCAAGCUUUGUUGGAGAAGGAUACUCGUACUGAGUUAAUCGAAGAAAUCGAUGAAGAAUAUGAAGAAAUUCGUGAGGAUUAUUUCGAUUCUCUAAAGGAUCGGAAAUAUGUUGAUUUGGAAACAGCUCGUCAAAGAAAGUUGAAACUGGAUUGGUCAACAUUUAAGCCAGUGAAACCUACUUUCGUUGGGAAUAAAGUUUUUAAAGACUUUGAUAUCAAAAAGAUAGCUGGCUACAUUGAUUGGAAACCGUUUUUUGAUGUGUGGCAAUUGCGUGGUAAAUAUCCUAACCGUGGGUUUCCAAAAAUAUUUAAGGAUGCUACCGUGGGAGCGGAAGCGCAGCGAGUGUUUAACGACGCACAAGCUAUGCUAAAUGACAUUAUUACAAACAACUCUUUGCAAGCGGUGGGUGAGGUGUCCUUCUAUCCUGCGAAUAGCGUGGAAGAUGAUAUACAUUUAUUUAAAACGACGGAUGGCACGAAGAAUCAUGUUGCUACUUUGUAUGGACUGAGACAACAGGCUGAGAAAGAUUCAAACAAAGAGACACCAUACGUUUGUUUGUCAGACUUUGUAGCGCCCUUAGAAACGGGCGUAAAUGAUUAUAUUGGUAUGUUUGUGGUCUCCUGUCAUGGCGCAGAAGAACUUUCCGAAAGUUACAAAUCUUCUUUCGACGAUUACAAUUCCAUCAUGGUGAAAGCAAUCGCCGAUAGGUUAGCUGAGGCGUUCGCUGAGUUGCUUCAUGAAAUGGUUCGCACAGAAUUAUGGGGCUACUGUUCGGACGAGAAUAUGACGUCAUCCGACCUUCACAAAAUAAAAUAUCAGGGCAUAAGACCAGCUCCAGGCUAUCCCAGUCAGCCUGAUCAUUUAGAAAAACUGACCAUGUGGUCUAUAAUGGAAGCGAAGGAGCUUACGUCUGUAACGUUGACAGAAUCUCUUGCAAUGGACCCUGCAUCCUCCGUGUCUGGUCUGUAUUUUGCAAACCCAAAAUCAUUCUAUUUCGCUACUGGUAAAAUAUGCAAAGAUCAGGUUGAAGACUAUGCCCGAAGAAAGAAGAAACCAGUCUCUGAAAUUGAGACCUGGUUGUCACCUGUUCUAGCCUACGAUCGAGAUGCUUUAUGACGUUAGAUUUAGCUAGAUAAAUAUAUUUAAAUAUAAAACAGAAA